GACGCGCAGAGCCGAGCUGACUCCUGUGUUACCUUCAAUCGGUGCAGUGUUACAGCGCUGUUAUCAACCAAACAUGAGCGCGAUAUGAAAAUAAGAGGUCUGCGGCAAGGUUAGCCUCUAAUAAAGCCAGUCCGAGAUCAGGAGAGGAGAGGAAACAAACGGUUUCGCCGAGUGGGCAGCUGUCAAUGCUGGACUCCCUGAUCUCCCAGCAUUAGGAUCUGCAAGGCUGGGAGAGACGACACCCAGCCAUCCACUAAACCACUGACCCAACAUGAUGGCCUCCAGUGAUGUAGACAUCCGAGGUGAAGGUUCUUUGUUCUCUGACCAAAACCCAUCAGAAAUGGAUGCACUCUGUCCCUCUCCUCCGGGACCUUCCAGACCCCAGCGUCACUAUGAGAGGAUUGGGGAAAGGACGGGAACCUCUUUUUGUCAGACUCUUAUCCACCUGUUGAAAGGGAACAUCGGCACAGGGCUGCUGGGUCUGCCCCUGGCCGUCAAGAAUGCAGGCCUGGUGCUCGGCCCCGUCAGCCUGCUGUGUAUGGGAUUCAUCGCAGUCCACUGUAUGAGGCUGCUGGUGAAGUGUUCACACCAUCUCAGUGCAAAGGUGAACAGACCAUUUCUGACCUACGGCGAGGCCGCGCAGUACGGGAUGGAAAACGUGUCGUGGCUGAGGAGACACUCGCAGUGGGGAAAACAGACGGUGAACUUGUUUCUGAUCAUCACCCAGCUGGGCUUCUGCUGUGUCUACUUUGUCUUCCUCAGUGACAAUAUCAAGCAGGUGGUAGAAGCAGCCAACGCCACCACCUUCAGCUGCCAUGUGAACCACACCAACCAGACCCAGGUUUUCGUGCCGAGCUUCGACUCCCGUCUCUACAUGCUCUGCUUCCUGCCUGCCAUCAUCCUGCUGGUUUUCACCCCUAACCUGAAGUACCUGGCUCCCCUCUCUUUGGUGGCAAACCUGGUCAUGACCGCCAGCUUGGUCCUCAUCUACUUCUAUUCGCUCAUGAACAUCACGUACCCCAUCAACCUACCAAAGGUCGGCAAAGCGAAAGACUACCCUCUCUUCUUUGGGACAGCCAUCUUUGCCUUCGAAGGGAUCGGAGUGGUUCUUCCUCUGGAGAACAAAAUGCAGAGAUCUCAGAGUUUCAUCUCGGUUCUGUAUUUGGGGAUGGGCAUCGUCACUUUCCUCUACAUCAGCCUCGGUACCAUAGGAUAUAUGUGCUUUGGAGAUGACAUAGGAGGGAGCAUCACUCUCAACCUGCCAAACUGCUGGACGUACCAGGCUGUGAAGCUGCUGUACUGUUUCGGUAUUUUCAUCACCUUCGCCCUGCAGUUCUAUGUUCCGGCAGAGAUUCUCAUACCGCCGGUCGUGGCUCGUGUGUCAGAGAGGUGGGAGACCGCCGUCAACCUGCUGCUCCGCACCGUCUUGGUCAUCUUCACAUGUGCCCUCGCCAUCCUGAUACCAGAGCUGGACCUCGUCAUCUCAUUGGUUGGAUCGGUCAGCAGCAGUUUCUUGGCGCUGAUUUUUCCUCCCAUCCUCCAGAUUAUAACGUUUCACACCGACGGCCUGUCGCCGCUGGUGACCUUCAAGAACAUCCUCAUCAGCCUGAUUGGGUUGGUGGGGUUCCUCACAGGAACCUACGCGGCCAUCGAGCAAAUCGUCGCCCGUAAUGGACAUAAACACGAAGAGACGUUCUCCACCUACAUGGUCCAGUGAUGAAGUGAAAUGACUGAUGGCAGGUGGAAGUCACACACAGGCCAUUUAGAAACCAUUUUAGGGCACAUUUUUCUGUUGUUCUUCUUUGAUUUGCUGCUGUUGGACACGGCGAACAUUUUAGGAUUCAUCCAUCACAUGUUAAAGCAUUACGAAGCGCUCGGCGUGUUUCAUCACGUCACCGCUGCACUACCGCGUCCUGUUGUAUCUGACAUGCAUGUCUCCUGGCAGUUACGUUCCAGGUCCAGCCAUGUAGUACAAUCUAAUUAUACGGUAAUUGUGAUAAGUCAUUCCUUCAGGUAGGAGAUACCUUCAAGAGAUUUGAACAGUUUAGAGGUUUUUAGAGGUAAGUUUUCAUUUUGACAGCCGGAAUAUAUGAUGUUUUAAAAUAUUUCAGUCAAAAAUCAAACUACCUCACAAACUGGCAUUGAUUUGGUCUUUUGGAACUUUUUUUAACGUGUGCACUCAUAACCAUCUCAUUUAGAGCUUUUAGUGUUUGACCACCCACCACCUCAUUCAGGAAAAAGAAAAAAGAAAUCAACAUUUUUUUUUUGUUGCACUUUGAUUUUUGCCUUAUUCAGUAAAAUGGCGCACUACUUUAAGAUAGACAACACAAAAACUUUAGAUCAAGUAACUAACUUUACAAUAACUGUAGGAAAUAUGUUUUUAGAACAAAAGGGUUGGGGGUCCAAAAGGUUCUGAAGUGGAACCGGUUCUGUGUUCAUGAGAAUCAUGGUUUCUCUGAUCGGCCUGCUGCGCCCGAGCACGUGUACAGUGUUCACGUUCACCGAAGGAAAAAACUAGUUGUGUAAUUAUGACUUAGUGUCUCAUAACAACGAGAUCUUGAUGCGAUGGUCACAGAUAUGAGAUCGGUAUCUCAUAAUUCAGAGAUAAACUCCCGGCUGUGAGCUGUGGGUCUUGUAAUUAUGAGACACUCCUGAAAUGUUCCAAAUCAGUUCUUCUUUGGUUCAUGGAAUGCACUUAAGUGCAAGUAAGCAACAAAAUGAUUUCACAAAGGGAGGAAGAACAGUUUUUUUUUGUUUGUUUGUCUGUUUAUUUUUUUGUCUUGUCAUAAUUACAUGAAAACAGAUAGCAUAGAUAACAUCUGGCUCAAUGAAAAUCAAAGGAAAACAGACAUUUAACUUGUUCGUGAAGAAUUGAGUUUCAAAAGUGUUUUUUUACUGUCGACAUACUUCGAUACGGUUUGCGAGAGCAUCAAAGCAGCAUUUGAUAAGAACCCAGACUGAACCAGUCAAAUCGAUCUGAAACCCAACCCGAGAACAAAGUACAUCAGACGUUAGAGACUUAGUUUGUGUUGGAGCUCUUUUCUUUAACACCUUUCUUCUCGAUGUCUUCAAAACUUUUAUUUUUCUGAUUCUUUUUUUAAUGUGUUUUUAUGUUUUAAUGUAUUUACUAAAUUAAGGGUUAAUGGUACUUUUGAGUAGUCUUUUUUAUUGACCAGCAUGGAUUUUUAAGACUUCCAGCUAACCUUGAAAAUGUUGUUUUGGAUUAAUUACAGAAAGGCGCCACAUGUAAUAUAAUGUAAUAUGUAUGUAAUAUAAAACAUAAGUUUUAGUUACAAGCUGUAGGUAUUAUAUUCAGAAUAUAAACGCCAUCCACCUGCUUUACUGAGCAGACAAAUGCUGUACCAACACGUACUGUUAAGUUCAUUCUAAAGCUUCUGUACUGUUGUGUGUCUUCAGUGUUUAUGUGGCAGUAAAAUGAAGGUUUUUUUGAUUUUUAUCUUUCAAAAGAAAUGCAGGUAUUUAUCAGUUGAAGGUGGUAAAAACUGAAAGCUAUGAGCCUUAUGAGUAAAUGAUUUGUAACAGCUGCUGGUUUGAACCGCAGCUGAAGUUGCUUUGUGUAUAUACCCAUUUGUUGCACAUGUAAAUGUCACAAAUAACUGUUUAAUCUACUUUUAAAUGACAAAACACACAUUUUUCUCCAUCUCUUGGAUGGAUAUUAUGUGCUUAAAUACUUCCCACUGGACACUUUAAGAGAAGGAUGAUGAUGAUCAUGAUGAUGUGCAGCUACCCAAAGGUGAAUUUCUCUUUGCUCAUUUAGGGGCUGCAGCUAAUUAUAUUUUUAAUUGUCAAUCAAUUCUUUGUCAUUUUAAUGAAUCAGUUUGUUUAGUUGAGCAGAAAGAGGCCAACACAUCAUCCUCCGGUUAAACUGUUGUUUUAUCAGCAGUUUGAAAAGCUCCAAACUCUCAGCUUGGACACGCCGGAGCCAACACACGUUUCAGAUUUUUAUUCGCUAAAUUACUUAAAACAGAUAAAGUCAUUUUCAUUUUAGCAGUCUUUCGUUUCUUUAUUCCUUGCUCAGAAUAAAUAACAUUUGAAGUAUUCA